UGGCAUCAGUAUCACUAAUAAGAACAUUUCAACAAAGAUGACACGUCAGUUAAGGAUCGGGCCUAAAAAUGGCAACGGCCCAACAUCAUAAAAAAAAAACGACACGCAUGUUUUCGUUUUAAGUUUAUAACGGCAAGGUUUUUGCAGCCCUCCCUCACUUGUUCCCGUCUACAAAAAAAAUAGUCGGCCAUUGCAUUCAUUUUUCGGUUUUGAAAAAAUUAUACACGAAAGAGAUGGAGGGAAAAUUUCCGAUUUCAGAAACGACUAAUUUGCUUCAAAGGAUCAAAGAUUUUACUCGAUCGAUCGUUGAAGAUCUGGCUGAAGGAAGAUCUCCAAAAAUUUCCAUCAAUCGAUUCAGGAACUAUUGCAUCAAUCCAGAAGCGGAUUGCUUAUGCAGCUCUGAUACACCAAAGGGUCAGGAAAUUCUCACUCUUGAGAGGAAACCCCAAACCUACAGAAUCGAUAUGUUGCUAAGAGUAUUGUUGAUUGUCCAACAACUUCUUCAAGAAAAUAGACAUGCAUCCAAAAGAGAUAUCUACUACAUGCAUCCUUCAGCAUUCAAAGCACAAUCCAUUGUGGACCGCGCCAUUGGUGAUAUAUGCAUUCUUUUUCAGUGUAGUCGGUACAACUUGAAUGUGGUUUCUGUUGGAAACGGGUUGGUGAUGGGAUGGUUAAAAUUUAGGGAAGCUGGAAGAAAGUUUGAUUGUUUAAACAGCUUGAACACUGCAUAUCCCGUUCCUGUUCUUGUAGAGGAAGUCGAAGAUAUUGUUAGCUUAGCAGAGUACAUACUGGUUGUAGAAAAAGAAACAGUAUUCCAGCGUUUAGCAAAUGACAUGUUUUGCAAGACGAACCGCUGCAUUGUUAUCACAGGAAGAGGAUAUCCAGAUGUCUCAACAAGAAGGUUCUUGCGACUCCUCAUGGAGAAGUUGCAUCUACCUGUGCAUUGUCUAGUCGACUGUGAUCCAUAUGGCUUUGAGAUCCUAGCCACAUACCGUUUUGGCUCCAUGCAAAUGGCCUAUGAUAUUGAAUCAUUACGAGCACCAGAUAUGAAAUGGUUGGGAGCUUUUCCUUCAGACUCUGAGAUAUACAGUGUUCCCAAACAGUGUCUUUUGCCUUUGACAGAAGAAGAUAAGAAAAGAACUGAAGCAUUGUUGCUUAGAUGCUACCUGAAGCGUGAAAUGCCGCGAUGGAGGUUGGAACUUGAAACGAUGCUGAAAAGAGGAGUGAAGUUUGAGAUCGAAGCACUCUCAGUUCACUCACUGUCCUUUUUGUCAGAGGUUUAUAUUCCUUCUAAGAUUCGUCGUGAGGUAAGCUCACCUUGAGCUUCAUACGAGUCUCCAACUCAAGGUAAUGCUCAUCGUUUUUUAUGACUCCUAAGCUUUUUAGUGCAAACACCCAAUGCAUUGGUAGAUGGGGCAAAUGAACAUAACUUUAAUGGAAAAUCAUAAAUAUACAGAUUAU